AUGGAAACGGUGCUGAAUUCAGAGUAAGAAAGCAUAGCUUGGGAAUUGAUGUAUCAUAUUCAUGCAUCAUUAUAGAUAUUGGAAACAGCUUAUGGGUUUUAUAAAUUAAUAAAAUAUAACGACAGCAGAUUGCUUAACGGCUUACAAUUGUUGUUUAAAGGACUUUACUUUAGCGUUUGGAUGAUUUAUGGAAUUAUGGGUAAGAAUUACACAUAUACUCUUCCUAUUUAUGUAGGCAUAGCUCUUUUCCAGCUUUUAUUAUAUUUAAUUCUAAUUAAAUAAUGGGAUUAUAUCGUCUACUAAUUUACAGUAAUAAUUAAUACUUCUUGGUACAUGCGUCAAACUACUUUGGAUGAUCUCACUUUAGGUUGUAAUAUAGUAUCUUUCCUAUUGAUGCUUAUACCUGCAUUCCACUUAUAUUAAGCCGUAAGAACAAAAGACUAUAGAUAUUUAAGCAGAUAUGUCUAUUUCAUAGGAAUAAUUGAAUCAACAGUCUAUUUACUAUAUACUUAUCAUAGAGCUUAGUAUAUAAUAUCGUGUGCUGCAAUUAUUAAAAUACUUAUAAUGAUAGCCAUGGAUACUAUUCAUAGAAAUUAGCUUUUAAAACUAAAAGAGCACGAAGAAAAAAAGACUAAUUGA